CCGCAUCCAUAGCGAGUAAAAGCGGCGUAUAGGUCUGGAUCACUGUACACUGUUAAGUUUACAAUAGGAAACAACACGGUUCUCUCUCUUUCUCUCUCUCUCUCUCGGUUCUUGUGGGCCGUGAUGGGUGGAUUGCUUUUUCGGACGCAGAGAAGAGUCGCACAAUCCUGGUAGGCAUUUUUAUUUUUUAUUUUUGGGGUUCUGCAGAACAACCCAGAAUCGUUGCUGUUUUAAGUGACACCGGGACUCGAACAAGUGACCCGCCUAACAUAGUUUUACAAGUGCGACUAUUCCGACAGAGACGCAACAUUGGAACCAAGAAGAAAUAGCGCAGGAAGGACAAUAAACGGAUACCAGGCUGGAUUUCCUGUGCGUAAUGUUAAAGCGCACCUAACGCUCCUGUUUCCCUGCGGGGUAGAUAUGAAAAGUGGACUGUCUGGUUUGUUUUCUCCAUCCACUAUUAGACUGCAUGGAACAACGUGUGCUUUUUAUAACAUAAUCUGCGCUGUGAGUGAAGAGUCCCAGCUUCAUCAUGAGGACCACCGAGGAGGGAGACGGAUUUGACGGUGAGGCCUCCAACACUUCCAUGAUCUCCGGGGCCAGCAGUCCGUAUCAGCCCACUACCGAGCCCGUCCACUCGCGGAAUGUUUUAGGGGGGAUAAGAUGCGAUGUGGAGUACCUUAAGUCAUACUUCGGGAUCUUAAAGGUGGUAGAAGUGGUCCUGUCACUGAUUGGAUUCAUCUGCAUAGAGACUAUCAUGAUGUGUUCACCUUGUGGAGGAGUCUAUUUCUUUGAGUUUGUCAGCUGCAGUGCCUUUGUGGUGACAGGAGUACUCCUCCUGAUAUUCAGCCUCAACCUGCACACCAAGGUGCCCCAUGUCAACUGGAGUCUCACGGACCUGGUGAACACCGCCGCCAGCACCUUCUUCUUCUUCUUGUCGUCUCUUGUGUUGGCCUUUAUUAAUCACAAAACUGGAGCUGAAAUAGCAGCAGUGAUCUUUGGCUUCCUGGUGACAGGUGUGUAUGGCCUCAACACCUUCCUGGCGGUACGGAGGUGGCGCCGUGGCAUCGGUUGUCAGGGGGCAGCUCAGACAAGCGAAUACAUGCGAGCACGCACAGCAUCUCGUGGGGAAGUGGAGGCACGGCCUGAGCUCGCAUAAGCGCUGGAAGGCAAUCAGACGGACUAAAGGAAGCCACACUACAGGCAGCUGGCUUAGAGGUUUACUCCUCUACCCUCUGAACAGUGUUGUAUUUAGUUCUUGGGCAUGGACAGCCUCCUCAAGCUCACCACAGACUUCCCAUCACUUCAGCCGUGCUUUGGACCUGUCCAACCACUGAAUAAACUGACAUUUCAUAGCCCCAGAUGUGCUCUAUAUGGACCUUUUUUUCACCGGGGAUUCUGUCUGGCUGCAGUGAGUUCAGAUUGGAUUGAGUAGAAAUCUUCAUAUCUUUAUAAAUCGGUGUGAAGGAUGACGUCCAUGAAGAGCCAAAGACAGGCUGAACCAGGUGUCGACGUUUUGUUUUACUGUGAAUGAAACUGAGUAGUAGAAGGUCAGCUUUUUGUACGCUUUAUUUGCGCUGUUUGUUAAGCCUGUGGUCAAAAUGUGAUCAUGGAUCCAGGAAUCCACUGGAACAGCAAAAAAAAA